UCAAAGUCCGAAGUUCAGUUUUCAAUUAAUAUUUUUAAUGUCUAUGAUCUAGUUCCGAAGUUCUGUUUUCUUUUCAUAUCAUUUAUUUAUUGUCCAGUUCUUUUUUCGGCAUUUUCAAUUAAUUUCUUGAUAUUUUAAAAUGGCCUUAUAUUCAAGAAAUGUUAUCAAAAGUCCAUUUGUUUCAAGUAUCUUCCAACAGAGUGCGCUGAGAACUAUUUUUACUGGAACUCAAAUCAAUCAAAAAAAGACUUUGACUCCAAAAUUUGGUCAAAAUGUUGUUCUUGUUGAUGGAGUUCGGACACCGUUCUUGAUGUCUGGGACUGACUAUGCCAACCUAAUGCCCCACGAAUUAGCCAAACAAGCUCUUAGUGGUAUUCUCAAAAAAACUGGUGUUUCCAAAGAGCUCAUCGACUAUGUCAUUUAUGGAACAGUUAUACAAGAAGUUAAAACCUCGAACGUUGCUAGAGAAGCAGCCCUUGCAGCAGGUUACAGCGAUAAAACACCUUCGCACACAGUAACAUUAGCCUGCAUUUCAUCAAAUGUCGCCAUGGCAUCAGCUGUUGGCCUGAUCAAUAGUGGCAUCUAUGAUAUGAUAGUAUGUGGCGGGGUAGAAUUCAUGUCUGACAUUCCAAUCAGACACAAUAGAAAGAUGCGUAGCCUCAUGUUGAGAGCUAACAGGGCAAAAACAUUUCAACAGAAACUAGCACUGCUGACCAGUAUUAGACCUAAUUACUUUGCACCUGAUCUGCCACCCAUUGCCGAGUUCUCCUCAGGUGAAGUGAUGGGGCAUUCAGCUGACAGGUUAGCUGCUGCUUUUGGAGCAACCAGACAAGAACAAGAUGAGUUUGCUCUCCGUUCCCAUACCAUGGCUCAACAGGCAUAUGAAAAGGGGUAUCUCACGGAUCUGAUACCCUUCCAAGUUCCUGGAGUUGCCAAAACAGUGGACAGAGAUAAUGGAAUUCGUGUCUCCACCCCUGAGAAACUCGCAGCACUGAAGCCUGCUUUCAUCAAACCUCACGGAACUGUUACUGCUGCAAACUCCUCAUUUUUGACUGAUGGAGCUUCAGCUUGUCUGAUUACUACUGAAGAGAAGGCCAAACAGCUUGGUCUGAAACCCAAAGCCUACCUACGAAACUUCCUGUUUGUAUCACAGGAUCCAAUCGAUCAGCUACUUUUAGGUCCAGCUUAUGCAACUCCCCAAGUUUUAGACAAGGCUGGACUGACGAUCAAAGAUGUUGAUGUUUGGGAGUUUCAUGAAGCAUUUGCUGGUCAAAUUCUGGCCAACUUCAAAGCAAUGGACAGCGACUGGUUUGCAAAGAAUUACAUGAAGAGGCCUGGCAAAUUUGGUGUACCAGAUAUAAACAAAUUCAAUAACUGGGGAGGUUCUUUGUCUAUUGGACAUCCAUUUGCAGCCACAGGAGUCAGGUUGGCUAUGCAUACUGCAAAUCGAUUUUGA